AUAGUUGGGGAAAUUAAUCAAAUUUUAAUUUAAUUAAGAUAAUUGAUAAAAAUUUGAAAAAGUUAGCUAAUGUUGAUAACAUGGGAAAAUAUUUAAAAAAAUUGAUAAAAUUCAAAUCAAUGAAAAAUUGAGUUUUCAAUCAUCCUUUGGAUGGGCUCCAAGGCUAAGAACUGCAACUACAGACUUGAAAGGUAAAAGACGGCUGCAAUGACCCACACAACCAGCUUCAGAAAAAUUCAGGCCCACAUUCAAAGCCCAGUGAUACAAAACCCGGAAGAUCCGGGCUCAUAUUUGAGAAACCCUAGUUUUGCCAAGAUGCGAAGCUUUUAAACUGCCGCCGCCUAGUAUGAAGCCGGAGAAGCUUUCCACAGUUGCCGCUGAUUGCCACAACUACAAGCCACUCAUAUAUCAAGUAGGCUAAAGGGUAUAAAGAUUCCAAUGAGAUAAGAUAUCAAUUAUAAAUUCAAUAAAAAUAUUUAAUUUAAUUUUUAUAUAAUAAAUUAUUUGAUAGGCUAGUGUUGCCCAUGGUAUUAGCAACAGCAUUCCUUUUCAUUAUGAUUUAGCAACAUAUAUUUAUAAGAAGAAUUUAUUUGUGUUUAUUAUUAUUAUUAUUAUUCUCUAGGCUGCCAUAUUAAAUCAGCAGAAGGGCUUUGCAUGGGUAUUAGACAGUGACUCUAUCUAGUCAUAGAGCUUAUCCUUUCAUUGCAGGAGCCAGGAGACAUGGUCAAGUAAUUAUAGCUAAGUUUAGAAGAUAAUAUCGAAUCUCAGGAUAAGGCAAAAUCAUUAUUUAUAUAUGUCAAGCUGAGUUGUGAAAAGGACUUUACUCUUUCAUUCACCUCUAACUUCAUGGAUUCUCUAUGCAAUCUACUCCAUGUGUCACUGUUUUUCUCCAUCAAAACACCCAUGUAGCCUCCUUUCUUUUCUUAAACAAAUUUCCCACCAAUCAAAAUUUUAUUUUCCCAAGUCAAAAUCUUAUUAUAUUCUUUAUUAUCAUGGAAACUCUAUGUCCCUAGCUGUGACAGAUUCUUUUUCCUUAAAAGUGACCAACCUAAUCCUUGUAUUUUCCUAUCUUCAUACAUGUGUAGAAUUUGUGCAUAUAAAUUCCCAUCCAAGAAUGUUUUAAGUUUCUAUUUAUGGCCAGUUUCUUCAAGACAAGAACUCUCAUGUUCAUGGGUGAAGGUGAAGAGCAAAAGCUUGAUCAGUGGAUGAUCAUGGAAGCUGAUGAUGAUGAUGAUGAUAUCUAUAACACAUCUUCACUUGAUAAUUCAAGUACUUCUAAUGGAUCCAGUUCUUCAUCAGAUGUGGUAGAUGAUGAUGAUGAUGCAUCUUCACCAAGCUCAACCUUAUCUACAAAUGAUCCUUUGUUUGAAUUCUCUGAGCUCAUGGCCCAUUUACCCAUCAAGAGGGGAUUAUCCAAAUAUUAUCAAGGAAAGUCUCAAUCUUUUACAUCUCUAUCAAGAGUAAUGAGCAUUGAAGACCUUCCAAAGAAGGAGACUCCUUAUAGAAGAAAAAUGAAGGUAUCUAAGAGCUAUGGCAAUGGAUUGGAUGCAUACAAGCCAUAUACACUCCCAAAGGCAAUAAUAUCAAAGAAGGUCUCAAGAGGUUCUCUGUCUUCUUUAUCUUUUCCAGGUAGAAAAGGCAGUUUUCUAAAUAGCAGCAGGCCUCCUCCAGCUCCUCCUCCACAGAAGAAAAUCUGAGUGCAUAAUUCUCAAGUUGCUUGACUUGAUGUAGAUACACAGUCGAUGAACAAAAAUUUUCUCAUUUUCAUCUCUUCUUUUCUUUUCUUUUUUUAUAAAAAAAGGUCACAGCUUUUCUAGAGUUGAAGACUUUUGUAUGCCAUUCAAAGAAGAAUGAUAACCUCACAGUUCAGGUGACAGAGACCAGUAGUGGAACAUGAAAAGGAUAUCCACGUUCUGUUUUAUGAAA